AUGAGCGGAAACAAGGUCGCCGAGAACAUGCUCUGGGGAGGUCGAUUUACCCAGGGCCUCGACCCCCUCAUGGUCCAAUACAACACAUCGCUCCCCUAUGACCGUAUCUUCUGGAAGCAGGAUAUCGCUGGCUCGCUUGCCUUUGCCCGCGCCAACACCAGAGGUGGCAUCCUCACCCCGCACGAGUUGUCCGAGAUCGAGCGCGGCUUCAAGCAGAUCGCAGAGGAAUGGAGCACCAACACUUUUGUCGCCAAGGAGAACGACGAGGACAUCCACACCGCCAACGAGCGUCGAUUGUCCGAGAUUAUCGGCAAGGAGAUCGGUGGAAAGCUGCACACUGGCCGUUCCCGUAACGAGCAAGUCGCUACCGACAUGCGCAUGUGGCUCCGCGAUGAGCUGCGCAAGUUGGACGCCUUCCUGUGCGACCUCAUCAAGGUCUCCAUUGCUCGCGCCGAGAGUGAGAUUGACUACAUCAUGCCCGGAUACACCCACUUGCAGAAGGCCCAGCCCGUCCGCUGGAGUCACUGGCUUCUGUCGCACACCACCGCUUUUGCCAGCGAGCUCGAGCGUCUCCGUGAGGUGACCAAGCGUGUCAACCGCAGCCCCUUGGGUACCGGUGCCUUGGCCGGAAACCCCUUCCACAUUGACCGUGAGGGUAUGGCUAAGGAGCUGGGCUUUGAUGGCUUGUUGUACAACUCGAUGAACGCGGUGGGCGACCGUGACUUCGCCAUGGAGACCAUGCAGUGGGGUAGCUCUUUCAUGCUCAAGAUCUCUCGCUGGGCCGAGGACUUGAUCAUCUACAGCAGCUUGGAAUACGGAUUCGUUCGUCUGUCCGAUGCUUACUCGACUGGAUCAUCUUUGAUGCCCCAGAAGAAGAACGCAGACAGCCUGGAGCUUCUGCGUGGAAAGUCUGGCCGUGCCUUCGGCCACAUGGCCGGAUUGAUGUGCACCAUCAAGGGUCUCCCCACAACCUACAACAAGGACUUGCAGGAGAGUGUCGAGCCCCUCCUCGACCACAUCAAGACCGUCGGCGACAGCAUCCAGAUCGCCACCGGUGUCCUGUCCACCCUCACCACCAUCCCCGAGAAGAUGACCGCCGCUCUGGCCCCCGAGAUGCUCGCCACCGAGAUCGCCGACUACCUCGUCCGCAAGGGCGUUCCCUUCCGCGAGGGCCACCACAUUUCCGGCCGUGUCGUCGCCCUGGCCGAAAAGACCAAUGUCCCCAUGGACACCCUGUCGCUUGAGCAGCUCCAGACCGUCGACGCCCGCUUCGGCGAGGACGUCCAGGCCUGUCUGGACUACGACCGUGCCGUCGAGCUCAAGGAUGCUGUCGGUGGUACCAGCCGCCGGGCCGUUCUGGAGCAGACCUCUGUCCUCAAGAGUCUGUUGUAA